CUGGGUUUUACUGAGCUGUAAUCUAAUCCCAGCUGACUUGGAUCUACGUCAUACUUUACAGGGCGUAGCGCAAUGCAACCCAAGAUGAACCCAGUCAUUAGCUGUGGCGCUGUAUAUCCAGCCCCGCCGGCCAUGUCUGGGACGCCUAAGUUCUGCUGACAGCCAGCCUUGUCCGAGCUCUUAAAUCUCGCGUCAUCCUAUCCACUGCGCGCAGUUGCUUCCAUCACCAACAUCCAACAAUAUGGGCAUUUAUACUCAGCUACCGGAAGGCAUCGACGAGGUGGACAUCAUCAUCGCUGGCGGCGGUCUCUCGGCGUGCGUCGUUGCUGCCAGACUCGCCGAUGCCGACCCGUCGCUGUCUAUCCUCGUAGUAGAGGGCGGACAGAAUAAUAAGGGCAACGACUCGAUCGCGUUGCCUCUCUAUUUCCUAACUGCAUUGCUUCCCACCAGUCCCGCAACCCUGUUCUACAAGGGAAAUGCGGAGCCACAGUUGGACAACCGCGAAAUGACCGUCCCAGCAGGUGGUGUUCUGGGCGGAGGUUCGUCAAUCAACUUCAUGAUGUACAGUCGUGCUCAACGCCAUGAUUGGGAUUCGUGGGCCACCCCUGGAUGGUCGGCGGAUGAAAUGAUCCCUUUCUUAAAAAGGUUUGAGACGUAUCAUGGCCCUGGCCCUGAUUCUGUUCAUGGAAAAGAUGGCCCUAUUGCUGUGUCCAAGGGAACAUUCUGCCCUGAGCGUGUGACAGAUCAAUUUAUUGCUGCCGCCAACGAGGUAGGCUACCCGACAGUAAAAGAUCUUCAAGACCUAGACACCAAUAACGGCGUUCAACGGGCCCUCCGCUUUGUCGGCACAGACGGCCGCCGCCAGGAUGCCGCCAGCAACUACUUGCAUCCAAGGUUGGAAGAUCGAGCACACCCAAACCUCCACGUCCUUGUUGAGACUAAGGUUAUCAAGAUCCUUAUCGAGGACAAGCGAGCUGUGGGGGUCGAGUUCAAGCCAAAUCCUUCCUUCCAAAAGGACAACACCAAUGUUCAGCGGGUCAAGGCCAGGAAGCUUGUAAUUGGUUCCUGUGGCGCUCUCGGGACCCCAUUGCUUCUCGAGAGGUCCGGCCUCGGCGACGAAGCUAUUCUCAAGAAAGCCGGAGUUCCUGUUGUCGCCCAUAUGCCUGGAAUCGGCCGGAACUACCAGGAUCAUCAUCUCUUGACUCAUCCAUACUACAGUGCCCUGGAGCCAAGCGAGACAUUUGAUGCCCCCCUGGGCGGUAGAAUUAACAUGGAAGAGUUGAUCAAAUCAAAUGCACCAAUCCUGGGGUGGAAUGGCCAAGAUGCCUCUUGCAAGCUGCGUCCCACGGAGGCCGACGUCGUUGCCCUUGGACCUGAAUUCGAGGCGGUAUAUGCAAGGGACUAUCUCUCCAACCCCAACAAGCCCCUGGCCCUACUGGCUUUGUUGGGCGGCUUCCCCGGUGAUCCGUCCGCCGUUGAGCCAGCACAAUACCUCGCGACGACCACGUUCACCGUCUACCCCUACGCCCGAGGCCACGUCCACAUCACCAGCCCAGAUCUCGACGCGGAUAUAGCGUUUGAGACUGGAUUCUUGAAGAGUGAAUUGGAUGUCAAGAAGCUCAUUUGGGCGUAUAAGAAGCAGCGAGAAAUUGUGCGCAGAAUGGAUAUUUAUCGUGGAGAGGUUGUUAGCGCGCACCCGCCGUUUGCUGAGGAUUCAGCCGCCGCCCUUGUCAAGCUGGAAAGGCCAAAUGACAAGAAUAUUUCUGACAUCCAGUACACUGCGGAGGACGAUAAGAUCAUUGGGGACUGGGCGCGCAAGAAUGUCGGCACCACCUGGCAUUCGCUGGGUACUUGCAGGAUGGGCGCGCUAGCGGAUGGCGGCGUGGUUGAUGCCGACCUCAAUGUUCAUGGCAUCGAGGGCUUGAAACUUGUAGACCUGAGUAUUGUUCCUCAAAACAUGGGUGCAAAUACGGCUUCCGCUGCAUAUGCAAUUGCUGAGAAGGCAGCUACCAUUAUCAUGAAAGACCUUGGGCUUGCUCUCGGCCAGUGAACUGGCACAGUAACUUCAUACUGCUUUAGAUUACAGUUUGAAUAUCAUGGAUUAUCGAACUAGCCCUGGCAAGCAAAGGGCUGUUGAUAUACCCGCCAUUUCCCGUGUUGAACUAGGGACUCGGACUGGGUGCCUGAAUUUGAUCAAUUAAGGAGUUACUGCGGUCUACUACGACAAUGCAUGGCCUACUCGCCGCGCUGGAUUAGAUAAGCACUAUAUAGCCCGUCCAUUACUUUUUCACAGUAUAUGAACUUCGUGUAAUAUAUACUAGACUUGUCUUGCUGCUACUAGGCUCGAGCCCCUCAAGCAUGGCUUACUUCUUGAUACUUGUUAAGCGUGACACUUAG